AUGGAGGAUUCUGAGCCGUACGAGGAGAGCGCGGAAACCGCCGGGGUCGGGGAAGAGAGGUUGGACGAUAUUUUCGAAGUGGAAGCCACCAAACGGCUCGGUCGGAACUCAGACUGUGCGGAAGGCAUUGGAAUACUAAUGGAAGCAGAUUCAGUCGACACUUUCAUUGAGCUCACCGUAGAACUGCGGAGACUAAAGGUCAAUGAGGUUGUUUCUGGCUGCACGGAGGGGUUGGCAACGGCUGAGCUAGUCGCAGGGCCCGAGAAACCCGACCAAGAUCCAAAAGAAUCCCUGGCAUCACUAGAUAUGUCCCGAUGGGUGGUCAAGAUAGUCGCUUCUGACAAACUAUUCUGCCGUUGGUCGGAAACGGAGCUUGGGGCUGAUUCCGAGUUCUCGCCGGAUAAGUUUGACGUGCGUGAAGAUGUCGAGUUGCUCAAAGAGAUAGGCAGCUGUGUCGACACAACGUCGCUCGACUGGAUCGGGAGCUGGCUUGCAGGGAUCAGAGACUCGCUCGGAAACAUAAAGAUGCUUGAAGAAGCAGUGCUAAUCAACGAAGUUAUUGAUACAACUGAGAUUGCGGCGCUGCUCGAUGCCGCCCCGAGACCCAGAGAUGUGGUGUCUCUUGAUGAUGCAACAACGUUGCCUGAAGGCUCAAUGACUUCGGUAGUGACUGCAGGGGUGUGGGUAUCGUCUGAAGAUGAGCGGCUCGCAAGGGCGGUCUCAACCCCAGCGAUGGCUGAGGAUAUACCUGACGAUUCUGGAGAUAGUGUCCAUGGCGACGAACGCGAGCUGCUAGGAAAUGGCAAUGUUGAGGUCGCGACAUCUAGAGAGGUCGGUAAACCCAAUGCACCUGAUGCCUCUGUUGACUUAGAGAGACGCAGAGAGAUUGCGGAUCCGGGUAACGCAGAUGCCUCGAGGGUAUUGGGCGGGCCCACCAAGCUCGAUGAAUCCGGACGCACAGGGUGGUUACCGCUCACGGUAAUCAUCGUGGUUGACGUGGUCGUAGCUGCAACAGUUAUUGACAUAUCUCCUGAUGAUCCUGAAAGCACUGCCAAAGCUCGUCGAGACGUUCGGAAUGUUCGGCCCUAUGGGGGUGAUGGUUCCGAGUGUGUUCUCAAAGUCGUGAAUAUUGUCCGAGUGAUCGAGACCUUGGCUGAGCCUGGUCUGUUGCUUAGACUUGGCGUCGGUUCGACGUUGGAGAAAUUGGUGGAUAGCGUGCCAUUCGCAACCAGAGCAGUGGUAACCGAGGAGUGGAUGUCGAGGGAAAGGCCGCGGGUACUCGUUACAAAAGAUAAACCAGUGUACGUCCCGGAUCCCGGUCCCAGCCACGGUGCUGGCGCUGCCCCUGGCGGUGGUGCGCUUGCGGGCGGCGGAUACGGUAUAUCGGGAUAUCCUGGUCUCCCCGGCAUGGUGAUGGUGCCGGAAUAG